AUGAAACUCCAAUACCUCGUCACUUUGUGCACAGUAUUCUCUGCAGCAAGCAUAUCGGUCGCCGCACAAUCAGCGCAAGAGCUUCUCGAUUCUGUCCUGAACCCGGAUCCUGCCGAUGCAAGCUAUUCUUCCUAUGCCUCCCAGAUCUACUACAAUGCAACACUAUACAACCAGACCCCCAUCGCAUCAACAAACUUCGACCGGCUAGAGGCGUCGGCAAAGCUGCUUCUACCUGCUACGGCAUACAACUAUGCAGCCGGAGGCGCUGGACUUGAAAAGACAGUUGCUGCAAAUCGAGAAGCAUUCGACUUUUGGCGUAUAAUCCCCCAAGUAAUGCACGAUGUGUCUCCCAGUCGCAACCUAAGCACCAGCUUGUUUGGUAGAAGAGUACCAGCACCAGUUGUGAUGGCACCAGUGGGUGUUCAAACACUGUUUCAUCCCACAGGAGAGCAUGCAACAGCCAAAGUCUUCGGCGAGAUGGGCCUGCCAUAUACCCUCAGCACAGCAACGAGCACAGGGUUCGCCGACGUAGCCAAGGCAAACGGCAACAACCCGCGGUGGUAUCAACUGUAUUGGCCCAGCGAUGAUGAUCUCACACGUUCCUAUCUACGGUCAGCGAAACAGAACGGAUACGAGGUUCUCGUCGUGACUGUCGACACAUGGGAUCUAGGCUGGAGGACACGAGAUCUGGACCAGGGCUACUUCCCGUUCAUCAGGGGCAUUGGAGUACAGAUUGGUCUUGAAGAUGCUUGUGUCCAUGAGAAGCUUGGUUUCAACCCAUUGGCCCCCAAUGCGACGGCCGAACAGAAACAAAUGGCGGCGUUAUAUCAUGUCAUCACGACUUCGCGGGGUAUCUCUCCUGUUUGGAGGCAUCUGACCAAGUUGAGGGACUGGUGGGGUGAUAGACCGAUUGUUCUGAAAGGGAUACAGUCAGUGGUAGAUGCAGUGAAAGCGGUCGAGUAUGGUAUGGAUGGUAUCAUUAUCAGCAAUCAUGGAGGACGACAAAUAGACGGAGCUAUCGGGUCUCUUGAGACUCUCCCAGCCAUUGUUGAGGCAGUCAAAGGGAAGAUUACGAUUGGAUUCGAUGGUGGCAUACGAUCUGGAGCAGACAUAUUCAAGGUUAUUGCACUUGGUGCGGAUUUUGUCCAGCUUGGUCGACCAAUACUUUGGGGCUUGGCCCAUGAAGGGGAGAAGGGAGUUCGGCAUGUAUUGAAGUCUCUACUGGCAGAAUUCGAUUUGACUGUGGGACUGUCCGGAUGCCAGGAAUUGGGAGACGUGAAUUCAACCCUCCUCGCGGCAAGCUCUUUCGCCCCAACCACAGACAGCUUCUUCAAUGUUUCCCUGAUUGUCCUUGAUGGCAUCUCCGACCCGAGCUCUGCGGCACAUCAGCUCGACCCCGGGCUCAAGCCAAUAGCUCUGCUUUGCUCAGCGCCCCAAGUUCUGCUGCUUCACUUCCCUCGAGGGUUCGACGACUUCCUUGUCGACAGCCUCGGGCUCGGGUCAACUGCUGACAUUUUUCAUGGUUUCAACCAACAAGACUCCGUCAAGCAUCCUAAAAGUAACGAUGUCCUACGGAUUCGACACAAAGCGCGACGAGGCAUAUACCAUUGCGCCUUCGUUGUCGUCGCGUGCGGAGGAGAAAGUGAAGAACCCAUCGCCUGUUCACGAUUUAACGUCAUCGGAGUCUUCUACGGGAAUUCUUGGAAGACCACCAUCUCCGGACAGUAA